AUGUCUCAAAAGCGACAUAUCCGAGACUUGCCUCAAGAGAUAGUGCUGAUGAUUGCCGCAUACCUCCAUGGUUGCGCAAAAUUCGCUCUUGCAAGAUCCUGCAGAGCGCUGUACCACCUUCUACGAACGGUAAUUCUCCAAUUCAACAUCGAAUAUCAGAACAGCAAUCUUCUUGGCCUAGCCGCCAAAGAUGACAAUGUUGAUCUCACGCCCAUGUUGCUUCAUCACGGAGUAAACGUCAAUGCCUUCUUUCGUGCGAGAACCCCGGUCAUGAGGGCUCUCAAAUACUGUUCAUCUGCAGUUCUCAAGCUCCUGCUGGAAACUCCGAGGCUAGAUAUCAAUAUCCAAAACCGAGAGCAGGAAAGCGCCUUAUGGUUUGCAGUUACGUAUGGAUCAUCUUCGACGCUGCGGGCUCUCUUGGAACUGUCCGGCUGCGCAGUCAACACAGCAAAGAAGACGGUAGCUAUGAUCCCGCCAAGUGAGAACAGGGCGUUUCUUAUUGAAGAUUCCGUUCGCGAAUACCGAGUAUUGAAGACCCUCCGUCAAAUACCUUCAAAGUUGGUUGAUCACCCCCGCGUCUCUGAGCUCAACUCUAGCGGUCGGACUUUCUGGGUCAAAUCGCCGCGCCUUUACUGGGUGCCCCUCUUAUUGCGAGUCAAGGCCCAGGACUUGGAUCUUGGUUCGCUGCUUGAAUUACAGCGAGCCCUUCAGGAUUACACGAAACUCUUAUCUAAGAAGGGUGCCGCAUAUCAAAUCAAGCCGGAGUACCUUUGUCCAAUCAAAAUGGCGCAUGGUCACUGGAAAUUGUAUCUGGGUGGCUGGAUGGAAGCUGCUUUCUCUUCGGACGAAUCCCAGGCACAGUCUGAAGAAUGGCAAAAAUGCGAAGAGGUGCAGAUUAGCGAAAUAACGCGGAUUUUUGCGGAAGCGCGCGCGAUGAUACAGGCUCAAACGCAAUGGUCAUCAUCACAAAGUCGACGGCUAAUGGCGUCCAUGAAUUGUUCGGCGCUCAUGCCGUAUUGGCGUUUUUGA